AUGGAUGAAGAAUUCAAGAGAUUGAUCGAGAUAUGGGUUCUAACUACAAUCUCAGUAUCUUAUUGUUACUACUUAUCAACCAAAAUUAAAGCUGGUAUUUCUCGAUUAAUCUCGGUUCUUCCAGUUUGUGCUAUGUUCCUUGUUCUUCCUUUCUUCUUUUCCUCUCUGCAUAUCUGUGGAACCAUAUCCUUCUUCCUCUCAGGGACUGCCAAUUUAAAACUCAUACUCUUCUCCUUUGAUCAAGGUCCUCUUUUCCCAGUUCCACCUAAUCUAGCUCAGUUCAUCUGCUUAACUUGCUUCCCAAUCAAGCUUCAACAAAACCCUAAACCUCAUCAAAACCAUUUCCCCAAAUCAAAAUUUGCCAUUAAAGUCGCCAUCUUUGGUAUGUUGUUACAUUUUUAUGAUUACAAACAAAAUCUGCCUCCGGUCUUGCUAUUUGCUGUCUAUUCUCUACAAAUAUACUUGGAGUAUGAGCUUUUCUUAACCCUUGUCAAAGUUCUUGCCACUAACACUCUUGGGUGCGAUCUUGAACCACAGUUCAAUGAGCCAUACUUAGCUACUUCCCUUCAAGACUUCUGGGGUCGCCGAUGGAACCUCAUGGUCCCAGCAAUCCUCCGGCCAGCCAUAUACGUCCCUGUCUGGCGGCUCUGCAAAGGCCGAAUGAGCUCAGAUUGGGCUAGGUUUUUGGCGGUUUUGGCGACGUUCAUCGUCUCUGGUGUUGCUCACGAGGUCUUUUUCUUCACUUUAACCUUUGAGAUGCCUACAGGGGAAGUCACUUGGUUCUUUGUGCUACAUGGACUUUGUACUGCCACGGAAGCAGUAGUGAAGAGGACGAGUUUGGUGCAGCGGUGGAGGAUGGGUGUUAUGGUAUCACGGCUACUCACGGUGGGGUUUGUGGUCAUGACCGGUGGUUUGUUGUUUUUUCCUCAGCUUACAAGGACUAGCGUCAUGGAGAGACGAGCCAACGAAACUUUGUUGUUCAUUAAUUUCUUCAAGCGCAAGUUUUUCCUUUGGGUGAUAUAA